CCUCACAAGAAGCAGAAAGCUGUUGUGUUGUAGGAUAAUGUUAUGUUUAUAGGUAAAUCCUCAAAGCAGAUCGGUGAUACCAACUUGUCAUUAAUGAUUGAUUUAGAAAUGUUUAACAUUUCUUCAGUUCCUUCUCCCCAGGUUGCUCAAUCAUGGAUUUAAAAAAACAAUGUUUUGUUUUUCGUCGUGUUACCUUGGUGAUUUUUACAUCAUCUGACGCUGAAUUCUGAGUAUUAACAAGAAAUGCAUUGUUUGUUAUUUUAGUUAUUUGGAAGGAAAUUUGAAUUGCGUUUCCGAGAGAAAAAUGACUCACAUUAAAAAUCUUUUCUUCAGCUGACGCUGAUACUCAUCUCAAUUGAAAUCUCGAUAAUUUAAUAUCUUUUCUCUAGGAAAUAAGUUCUUUAGAAUUUUAAAUUUAUCAACAAUGGGUUUUGGGCAUUGCACCAACAAAUUUUUGUACUUAAUUGUUGUCAUUAAUUACAGUGUUGGGACAGUUAAUUGUAAGCUUUAUUCGGAUCAGUUUGUUGUACAAGUAACCGGAGGUCCUGAUGUAGUCAAACAGUUAGCGGAUGAGCAUGGAUUUGACAUCCUUGGUAAAGUAAGUACUUUAAUAUUUGAUGAUCAUUAUCACCUUCAGCAUAAAAAAGUAGCAAAAAGAUCAACAGAGUGGAGUAUUUCUCAUCAUGAACUUCUUUUAAAAGAUGAAAGGGUGCUGAAACAUUCGCAACAAGUUAUUAAGAAAAGGACCAAAAGAGAUCUGAAAAAUACAAAUACUGAUUUAAAUGAUCCAAAAUGGCCAGAAAUGUGGUAUUUAAACAGAGGCUGGGGCUUAGACAUGAAUGUCGAAGCUGCUUGGGCUGAAGGCACUACUGGUAAAGGUGUUGUUGUCACUAUUUUGGAUGAUGGGCUUGAAACAGAUCAUCCAGAUCUUGUCCAGAAUUACGACCCAGAUGCUAGUUAUGAUAUUAAUAACAAAGACUGUGAUCCACAACCUCGAUAUGAUAUAUUAGAUUCCAAUAGACAUGGUACUCGAUGUGCAGGAGAAGUUGCAGCAAGUGCUAAUAACAGUUUAUGUUCUGUGGGUAUUGCAUAUGAAGCAAAAGUUGGAGGUAUUCGAAUGCUUGAUGGUGAUGUAACAGAUGCUGUUGAAGCUCGCUCAAUAAGUCAUAAUAUGCAACACAUAGAUAUAUAUAGUGCAUCAUGGGGUCCUGAUGAUGAUGGAAAGACUGUUGAUGGUCCUGGUGAACUAACAUUUCGAGCAUUUAAAGAUGGAGUUGAAAAAGGGAGAAAUGGUUUGGGUUCGAUUUUUGUGUGGGCGUCUGGUAAUGGAGGUCGUGAGUGGGAUAACUGCAACUGCGAUGGUUACACAAAUUCCAUUUGGACAUUAUCCAUCAGUAGUGCUACAGAGCAUGGGUUAGUACCCUGGUACAGUGAAGCCUGUUCUUCUACACUUGCAACAACAUACAGUAGUGGCUCUUCUGGUGAAAGACAAGUUGUGACUACAGAUCUGCAUCAUGGUUGUACAUCUACUCAUACAGGAACUUCUGCAUCUGCCCCUCUUGCUGCUGGAAUAUGUGCUCUUACUCUUGAAGCUAACCCCAAACUGACUUGGCGUGAUAUGCAGCAUAUAGUUGUCAGAACAGCAAAACCAGCAAAUCUCUUAGCUCGUGAUUGGCAGACAAAUGGAGUUGGUAGAAAUGUUAGUCAUUCUUUUGGAUAUGGCAUGAUGGAUGCUGGGGACAUGGUCAAACUAGCACGAUUCUGGACUACCGUUCCUGAACAAAAGACUUGUGAGAUGAGAGGCCAUCAAAUUAAUCAGUUUAUUCAUCCAAGAGGUAGAGCAGAAGCAACACUUAGAGUAAACUGUGCAAAUAUUCGAUAUCUGGAGCAUGUGCAAGCCAAGUUAACUAUAUCGACUGUACGAAGAGGUGAUCUACACAUAUAUUUAACAUCACCAAUGGGAACUAGAUCUACAAUUUUAGCUCCACGUCCAUCAGAUACAUCUAGAGCUGGAUUUGAGAACUGGCCUUUUAUGAGUGUUCAUAUGUGGGGUGAAAAUCCAAAUGGUGUGUGGAAAUUAGAAGUUGUUUAUGAUGGGAAAAUUGGAGGUCGAGCUACCUUAAAGGAAUGGAGUUUAAUACUUUAUGGCACUUCUAAAAGUCCAGAUGAUUUUAUAAGAAAGAAGGACGCAUACGAUCUUGAUUUUUUACACCGAAGUGGAGAUAUGGGAAAUAACGAUGUGUCAAAUAUAUUAGGAAGAAAUUUCAGUCCUCUUUCCGAUGGAAGUUUUUUUUUAGAUAGGAAACCAAAUGCACUUCAGGGUAUGAGUAAAGAAAAUAGAUCUAGAGGUUUUGCUUCUAUGAUAGCUGCUAACAGUAAUGAAAGAAGUAAAUUUGGUGAUUAUAAACAUAAUAAUGGUAAUAAGAACUUAAACUAUUCGAUAGAAUUGACAUUGGUAUUUUAUUUACUCAUUGGAUUUUUGUUUUGAAUUGGUUACUGCUGUGUCUGAAAGAAAGCUAAAAAUAACCAACAGUCAAAUGCUGUUGAAUUUUUUGUUGUAUGGACAUACAGUCUGCAGGAAAGAGUUUAUGAAGUCUACAGGAAAGAAUCCUGACUAAUGUGUACAGUCGUCACUUCCAAUCAGAUAAUGCUCACAAAACUUCAUAUCUAGAAUGGAACAAUAAUAUAAAUCUGUGAUUUUAUGAAGUUUUAUUUUUUUGGCCAACACACUCAAAAUGUUACAUUUUUAUUUUUUUCCUUAGUGCAUAAGUAUUUUAUCUCCAUAACUAGAGUAUUUAUUUUUUAUUCAUGAAUGUCCAUAUUUAUUAAAUCUAUGUGUUAUUUAAUUCAGUGUUUGUAAUAUUAAAAUCAUUAUAUUUUAUUGCUGAAGGCAGUUUAGUGUUUUAAAAAAUAAAACUAUUUUUUUACGCCUUUCUUUUAAUGGUAAGUUUUGUAAAUAUUAGAGGAAGCACUUUACUAAAUGGAAUACUGAGCAUUUUAAUUAGCAUUAAAAUCUGAUUUGAAUUUAACAUGUGAUGAUAAAAAUUAAAUUCUGUAUUCAGAGAUUUUUAAUUUUGUAUUUGCAAAUAUAUAAAAUCACAACUCAUUAAAUUUUCUGAUUUAAAUUUAUGCCAUACAGAAUUAUUAUUCUUUGCAAAUCAGUGUUUUAUCAACUAAUUCCAUAUGCAUUAAAUGAGAUUUAUCAUAUUUUUCAGUUAAUGUGGUAUUUUAAAUUAUUGCUCCUUUGGAGAAAAUCAUGCGAGUUCUCCAUUCAUAUUUAUGUUCCUCAGAUUUUAAUUUAUUGGGCUUUUGGCAUUUACUAAAUAGUGAAUUUGCUACAUUAUAAAGUAACUUAUUAAUUUAAACUGUAAGCUUUUCAAAAUAAUGUUUGAUGCAUGUAUAUAUAUUGGGUUUCUUUUUUUUUUUUUUUUAAACAUUAAAAAUUUUGGCUAUAGUAGUAGGAGUUUUGUCACUUAUUCGAGUCCUCGGUUUUGUCUAAUUCUGCAAGCUUUCUUUUGGGGGGUUGGGGAAGAGUAGAUUUUAUGUUUAGGGCUAUAUUUUAAUAUGCAAAAAAUUAUUCCUUUGUGUUCGGCUUUUUUAAAAACAUACAUAAACAUAUCAAUAAAUUUUAUGUAUGGAUCUAAUUUUAGGCUUUAUUUAUUUAUGUAAUAAUUGAAAUUGGCAGUCUUUAAACAUGGUAAUAUUUUCCUUUUUUAUUUUGAAACUUUAAAUUUGAAAAAUGGUCCAUACUGAAUGCUUUCUAAGAUGACCAUUGUCAUCUUAGAUUACACCAUGGAUUAUUUUUCAAACGAUAGAGUUCCAAAUGAUUUUGGCUUCUUUGGAGGCAGUCAUCUAAGAGAGAUAUUUGCUUAGUUAGAUAUUUGUUGAUAUUCCCAGAAAAAAUAUUGUUCACUUUCAGGUGUCGUCAUUUUAGGGAGGUAACUUCUGCAAGAGAGUUCACUGUAGUUUUCAUAUUAUGCUGAUUUAUAUGAUAAUUUUUUUUUUUGUACUGCAUAACAAAAUGCACGGUAUAUAAAUAUACCUCUAAAGAUGUAAAAAGCAUUGUCAUAAUUUUAUAAACUGUAUUUAUAUGAGAUGGAAGGAAUAACUUUGAGAAUUUAUUCUCUUUUAGUUAAUGUUAUUUAUUAAGUGUGUAUAUAUAUAUAUAUUUAUAUAAUAUAUAUAUAUAUAUAUAUAUAUAUAUUUAUAUACAUACAUGUUUAUGUGUGUGUCAUCUGAGUGUAAGCAUUGUAGAUCAUGUCCUGUUGACAUAAUUUACUCCAUUUAAAAGGCUUUUAAGUAAUUAAUGUUUUAUGUUCCAUAUUUUAACUAUUGAUAUCAUAAGCAAUAAACAAUUUAGAAGUUUCUAAGGAAUAUACAUCAUGUAUUUGAAGAAUGUAAUAGUAAUUAACAUUAAUGAAAAAGCUUAUCAGUAAUAGAUGUGAGAAAUAUAUUUUACUAGAGUUUUAAUAGUUACUGAAAUUCAGUAUUGAUAUUAAGUAAAAAGAUAUUUAGUGCCUUUUUAAGGCUAAACAGCACAGUAUCGUCAUCAUUAGGAGCAAAAAUCUCAAAUGAUAAAUGAAUAGAAAGUAACAUCGUAGCCAUUGUCCUUAAGAAAAAACAGAUAAAGGCUAUAUUUUGAUCUAAGUACUAUAUUUUAAUCUAAAACACUAUAAUUGGAAUGAAAAAAGAUAUUUUACAUGAAAUGAAGAUAACAAUUAUGGAUGAAUUCCAGGAAUGAUAUUAUAAUACAGCGAGAAUAAAAUUUCAAAUAUAUGAUGUGUGGUUACAUUCAUAGUUGAAUUUAAGUUCAUGUGUAAUUGAAUUCAAAUAAUUAGAAACCUUAUAAAACAUUCUGAACUGUUUAAAAUUUGAGUUUAGUUUGAAUUACAAACUGUUGUGUACUAAAAUGCAAAGUCUCUUUAUUAAAUUUAAUGUCAUAUUAAAGUUGAAUUUGUCAUUAAAUUUAAUAAAGACUUUGCAUUUAAGUACACAACAGUUUUUGAAUUACAAACUGUUGUGUACUAAAAUGCAAAGUCUCUUUUAUUAAAUUUAAUGUCAAAUUAAAGUUGAAUUUGAUGACUAAUUAUUAGACUUCAGACUUACUACUAACUACUUAAGCAGUAUUACUGUUUCUCUUAGUUUUUCAAUUUAAAGUUUGAAGAGUAAAGAUUGUAUUUUUUUCUGAUAGGUAGAUUGUAUUUAUUGUAUGUUGCAUUUAUAUAAAAAUUUGUAUUCUGUAUUGAAUUGUGAUAUACAUGGAUGUAGCAACUGUUCAUUAUGUUGAAAAGAUGUUUGGUAAUGAGAAAUUCUUGAAAUCUGCAGCUUGGUUUGCUAGUUAUUGCAAUAUAAGAUUCCUCAUACAGUAACUUCUAUAUCAGAAGGAAAAAGGUUAGUCAUCAUUAUUUCAAUUAUUCCCUUGAUCUCAAUUUUUAAGUACUGAACAUUGUAAUUCAAAUAUAUUUACAAUAAUGAUACAAAUAGUAAAGCAAAAAUCUUAAGUUAUUUUACUCAACAUUUGACAUAUUUCUCAUGUCAACUUAAUAUGUUGCAGUUUAAUACAGUAUAUAAGCAUUUACAAAAUUAGAUUUUUUUGAAUGUAUAAAUAUUAUAAAAUAUUCAUUAAAUAUAUAUAUAUAAUAAAUAAAAAAAAUUUUUUUUUCAUUUAUCUGCAUAAAAAUGGUAAUUCUUGUGUUCAGUAUUAGAAGCGAAAAUAAA